AUACAGUUGAAGUAGUCACUAAUUAUCGCUACAUAUAAGCAAUGUGUGCAAGAUCAAGGCUUCUUUAGGUCAUGAGAACUAAGUCUGAAGCAUGUUACUGGAUAUUUUAAAGUUCUUACUCUUUUUGGCCGCAUGUGAAGCUAUGACGAUGAAACAGAUUAAAAACACAGGAAAAAUGAUGAGAAAAUCCUGCCAGCCCAAGAACAACGUAGCAGACGAAAAAAUAGAUCCAUUAAAUGACGGUGUUUUCAUCGACGAGCCAGAAGUGAAAUGUUACAUGGCAUGUAUUAUGAAAAUGGCCAACACUAUAAAAAAUGGCAAAUUAAACUUCGAUGCGGCGUUGAAGCAGGUUGACUUGUUGCUGCCCGAAGAUCUGAAAGAACCCACGAAGGAGGCCAUGACUGCUUGCAGGAAAGUCCCGGACGCGUACAAGGACAUUUGCGACGCGUCAUUCCACGUCACUAAAUGCAUUUAUAAUCACAACCCGGCGAUAUUUUUUUUCCCAUAGUUACUGAAUAUACUUUAAUAAGGAUUAUUUUA